CCUGGAUCGAUCAGACUCCCCUGGGAAUAUUUCGCGCCAUUUUCCACGUGCGCACGUGGGAACGACUAAUCUUGUUUAUCAACUCCUGCACAACAUCUUUGUCAUUCGCUGAUGAUAAGGCCAUCACUUCAACAAUAUCGCGAUGAAUUUUACUUACCUCGUUCUUUUGAAACCUUCAGAAAUACGUUUCACUAAGAACGUGCUUGCAUCCAAAUUUGACAACGGAAUUCCUCUGCUUGAGACAUUUACUCAGCUCAAAAAUGGAGAAAUUCUGAUGGAAGAUAUUCCGCUCAUCGAAGUGGUAUUUUACCCCGAGAAGUGGGAAUGGUACACCUUGAAUAACCGAAGGCUCUGGGUCUUGAGAGAGCUAGAAAAGGUUGGGAAAUGCAAUUAUAUCAAGACAAAAAGGGUUGAAUACGUGGAGAAUGUGUUUGAUUACCCCUCGCUCUUGUACGGCUCCGCUUCUCUGAAGGAAGACACUCGUUCGUUUUCAUGGCGCGGCGACAACUUGCAAAUCACAACACGGCGCACUCCUUCGAGAGACGUGGAUAUAUUUCUCCAAGACGAUGAGCGACAGUCAUAUUUUUACAAGAAAUGCAGCCGCAGGUACAGCGAGAGAAGUCUGCAACGGAAAAUGAGACACCGCCAUCGUUGUAAGAAACGGCAUCAUCGCUUUCACCCGUAUGCAAGGCACAGCUUGCGUGACGAGACAGACGAGAGAGCAGGUUAUGAUGAUGAUUCUCAACAAGGGGUAGCGGUGGAGAAGUACACCAGGGAGCGAAUAAAUUCCGGGUCUUCUGAUUAUUCAGGAUAUGAAUACGGUUUUCAGUUUAGUUAUACCAUAUGGUACAAACGUCGCCAAGCGUUUUUACACAGUGUUUACUGCUUUCGCACAGGCCGUCUGAAAAAUCCGUCUCGCUUUAUUGAUAUCCUUUAUACCUGCGGCGUUUGCUUCAAGAGCUUCAAGUCCAAAGUCAGUUUGAAUCAACACAGUGAAGAGCUUUUCCACUGGGCUUGUGUACGCUGUGGGAGGUUUUUCGAAAGUCACACGGCGCUGGGACAACACAAACUCGCUUUGAAUCACACUAUCUGACUAUUUGUUUAUAAACCUUGUUAGGUCGUUUCUGAACCUAAACGUUGUUCAUGUUCUAUGUUGUAGUGACAGUAAUAAGCCAGAUGAAGAAUGUACAUUCAUUUUUAAAAAUGAAUGUCUUAUUGCAUGACAGACAGUCUCGAUUGCGUGAUGCUUCAUGUUGCGUUACAUUUUAGGUGUCCAGAAAUGUUAGGUAAAUUAAUUAACUGAUUAAUUAAUUGACUUGAAUGAUUUAUUUAUAUUAAAGGUAUAACCUUACAAGGAACCGUGAAAAUUAUGUUAGUGUUAAACAAAAUGAUCC